AUGUACACUUCCAUCACUCUUCUCGCUGCCUCCGCCGGCCUCGCCACAGCAGCAACAUCCUACAAGGCUUCCUUCACCCAGUACGGCUCCACAGACACUUGGGGCUCAGGCAAUUGCAACGUCGCUACCACAGCCUGCGGUUUCUACACCUCUCCCGGCUACUCAGCUGCAAAUGGUCUGAGUGGCACAAACCAAUACGGUGCCAACCUCAACUUUGAUCUCUGCAUUGAUUCGGGGGCCAGUGCUGCGUUGUUUGGCAGCAGUGGUGUUGGGUUGGCGGUAGGCAGUGCUGAGCAGGUUGAUUGUGGACAGUGGAGUGGCGAGGUUGUUUACUAG